CUGGUGAACCGACACAGAAAACGUGUUUAAUUUUAUCAUCUUUAAACACCCACCGAUAUAGAUUAGCACCAACCUGAAGGUGUUGUGUUUAUUUUCUAAUAUUGUUAAAAACAUAAACAUGCUGAGAUAAGCUGAUAUGCAUGAUUAGGUCGAGCCGCGCAGUACAUCCGGGUGACAAACGCAGCGGGAGAGAAGCGCGAAAAAACAAACCAGCAAAUGAUUCAUCCACCAGCCGUAAAAUCACGAAUAAACCCUGGUUUUUAUGAUUAAUAUCGAUUUGGGGGUUGUUAAAUGAACUCGAAAUGACGGAAUUACUUUUUAACAAGAGGUUACAGGUGUUUGUGAAGAAUAGAGACACCGAUGAGAGACGUUCCUUCAUUCGUAUCAGUAUUGAACUGCAGCUAUCAUCAAAUCCUAUCCACAGAAAGGAUUUGGUUGUACGGUUGACAGAUGAUACCGAUCUCUACUUUUUAUACAACCUUGUAAUAUCAGAGGAAGAUUUUCAGAGUUUAAAGGUACAACAAGGGCUUUUAAUAGACUUCACAUCAUUCCCACAAAAAUUUAUCGACUUGCUGGAGCAGUGCAUCUCAGAACAGGAAAAAGAAAACCCACGGUUUCUCCUGCAGCUCACGUCGGCUUCAUCAGCGUUCGAUCACAGUCCUUCAAACCUCAACAUUGUAGAGACCAACGCUUUUAAACACCUCACGCAUCUCUCUCUGAAACUGCUGCCGGGAUCUGAUACGGAUAUUAAGAAGUAUCUGGCCAUCUGUCUGUCCACCGUGAAGGAGGAGAAGCAGCAGUUGGAACAGAAGUUGAGAAAGACUGAGGAAGAUCUGACAAGACAGCUAAAUUAUGCACAGCAAACGCUGUCUGAGAAGAGUCGAGAGCUGGACAAACUGCGAUCUGAAUGGACGUCACAAACGACCUCUCUGUCCAGCAGACACAUGCAGGAUCUCUCAGCUGAGCGUGAAAAAGCUCUCGAGACACAAGCCCGUCUGCAGCAGCAGAACGAACAGCUGCGACAGGAACUGGAGUCGUCUCAUCACCGAAGCACCCAGCAGCUCCAAACCAAAGUCUCUGAGCUGGACGCGGCCAACAGAGAGCUCAUCGACAAGAAAUACAAGAGCGACUCCACCAUUCGAGAUCUCAAAGCCAAACUGGCCAGCCUGGAAGAGGAGUGUCAGAGGUCCAAGCAGCAGGUUCUGGCGUUGAGGAGAGAGAACAGCACCCUGGACACUGAAUGUCACGAGAAGGAGCGUCUGCUCAACCAGCUGCAGACGCGAGUGGCCGUCUUAGAGCAGGAGAUGAAAGAUAAAGAGCAGCUGGUGCUGCGGACCAGAGAGGUGCUGGAGGCCACACAGCAGCAGAAGAACUCUGUGGAAGGAAAUGCUGAAAGUAAGCAAGUUCAGAUCAGCAAGCUGGAGGCCACGGUGAAAUCCCUGUCGGAGGAGCUCAUCAAGGCGAACGGCAUCAUCAAGAAGCUCCAGGGGGAUCUGAAGGCGCUGGUGGGGAAGAUCAAGCUGAAGAACACGGUGACGGUGUCUCAGGAGAAGAUCCUGCAGGAAACCACGGAGAAACUGCAGCGGGAGCAGCGAGAGCUGCAGGACGCCCAACAACGGCUCCGACAGAAAGAGGAAGAGGUAACCAAAUUAAAAGAACAGUUAGACGCGACCGUUCAGAAACUGGACGAGAGCAGGGAAGUGUUAAAAACCAAUGAGAACGUGAUCACUUGGCUGAACAAGCAGCUGAAUGAGAACCAGUUCUCUCAGAAGCAGGAAACUUUAGGAGUGUUCGAGACUCCUGUUGCCGGUCUGAGAACAGGAAGUGUUCCUCACAGUAUGCUUGAUAGCAAAGGUUUCCCCUCGUCUUUGGGACAGGGUUUCCCCAUCACCUCUACGAUAAACUCCAAAUAUCCUCUUCCUCUUUCCUGUGUGAGCUCAGGACCUCGCUCUGUCCUGUCAGCACACAAUCAGAUGUCUGGACCAAAGGUUCAGUUUAACCCUAUGAGUGCCAAACCUUCAGCAGCAGAUGUGAGUCCCUCUUCACUCUCACAGCCCUCCAAUAAAGAGAACGGAGAACCUAUUGGUCUGGACUCCAAGUACUUUGAGAGACGAGAUGACAGCAUUCCUCUCCGCGGCCUUCUACCCAACAUGCAUCUAAACCGAGAAGUUCCUAAGACUUUGAACACGGCUGGAGCAAAGCAAACAGCGUCCACAACUUCUGCGUAUUUCCCAGGAUGACGAGCAGCAGUUUAGAUGUACUUCUCUUUAUCACUACGCUGUGUGUGAAUGCCACCUCUAAGAUGGGAAUUCAUUGCAUUCUUGUUUGUUUAAAAUUUCUUCAAUAAUUUAUUAAAACAUUUAUUUUUAAA